AUGACCUCUACGCCAAACUCUCCCCCAGCUCAGGAGACAAUCUCCAUUGCUCCUCUGCUCCAGCGCCUCGCCUACCCUCACCCGGACGGCAUACAAUUUAGCGCCGAGAAGGUCGCUGCUGUCAGCGCAGAGGAAAUUGCCUCCGCAUUUGCUCUGAUUUUUGAGAAUGCACUCUCACAUAUCCAGGCAGCUGCACUUCUGACUUUGCUACACUCAACCGGAAAGGACAGGCAGGCAGAUGUUAUCGCCAAGUGCUCUCAAUGUAUGAGGGACGCCGCGAAGCAAAUCCCCAAAGGUCCCCUCAAGCAGAUCAUCAAGUCCCGCGGUAUCAAGGAGGGAAACUACAGGGGUGGACUUUGCGAUAUUGUUGGAACUGGCGGUGACUCGCAUUCCACAUUCAACAUAUCAACAACAUCAUCAAUUGUUGCCUCACCAAUCUUAAUGACCGCCAAGCAUGGCAAUCGUGCGCAGACAUCAUUCUCUGGGUCUGCUGAUGUCCUGAACGCCAUCCAGCCCAUCCCGCCGAAUCUCACUGCAAUCACAGCUGAGAAUCUGCACGAGGUGUACGCCAAGACAAACUAUUCCUUUUUGUUCGCCCCCAACUUCCACACAGGAAUGGUGCACUCCAACCCCGUGCGUAAGGGCCUUGGCAUCCGUACUAUCUUCAAUCUUAUGGGACCAUUAGCGAACCCUGUUGAUUGGGCGAUUGAAGCCCGAGUCGUCGGUGUUGCUUACCAGAGCCUCGGUCCAGUAUUUGUCGAGGCUCUGAGACAGACUGGGGCCAAGAAGGUUCUGGUCGUCUGUGGCGCAGAAGAUAUGGACGAGAUCAGCUGCGCUGGCCCAACAAACUGCUGGCAACUCUCGGAACAACCCAACCCCGCCUACACAGCAACAGAAGCUCAUGGAGAGGAGUCAAGUGACGACGAGGCCCCAACCCCUCGCACGCUGGUCAAGAUGGAGUCUUUCCAACUUCACCCCUCUGACUUUGGCCUUCCUACGCACCCCCUUAGUGAAGUUGGAGGCCGUAAGAUGCCCAAGGACAACGCUGCUAAGCUGAUGAGCAUCCUUCGGAACGAGCUUGCGCGGGACGACCCCAUCUUGGAGUUCGUUCUCAUGAACGUGGCUGGCUUGCUGGUCACCUCUGGCGUUUGCGAGGCCGAGACCAGCAACAUGGGACCAGGCGAUGAUGGUCAAGUCAUCACUGAGCGUGGUCCCGGUGGUGGUCGCUGGAAAGAAGGUGUGCGUCGUGCACGCUGGGCAAUUGAGAGCGGGCUAGCUCUCAAGAACUUGGAGCACUUCAUCGAGGUUACCAACCUGCUUGAGUGA